CAGGACGCAGGACGCAGGCGCCAUGGCCUCGCCGCCAUCCCACCCGGAGGAGGACGAGAGCCUGAAGGGGUGUGAGCGGUACGUGCAGAAGCACGGCGUCCAGCAGGUGCUCAAGGACUGCAUUGUGCACUUGUGCCUCUCCAAGCCCGAGCGUCCCAUGAAGUUCCUGCGCGAGCACUUCGAGAAGCUGGAGAAGGAAGAGAACAGACAGAUUCUGGCUCAGAAGUCGGCCUCCCAGUCCGACUCGCACGACGAGGAGGUCUCGCCGACUCUGCCGAACCCGGUGGUGAAAGCCCGUUCCCGCCGCGGGGGCGUGAGCGCUGAGGUGUACACGGAGGAGGACGCCGCGUCCUAUGUCCGGAAGGUCAUCCCCAAGGACUACAAGACCAUGACGGCGCUGGCCAAGGCCAUCUCCAGGAACGUGCUGUUCGCUCACUUGGACGACAACGAGAGGAGUGACAUAUUCGACGCCAUGUUCCCUGUCACGCACAUCGCUGGGGAGACUGUCAUUCAGCAAGGGGACGAAGGCGACAACUUCUACGUCAUCGAUCAAGGGGAAGUAGACGUGUACGUGAACGGAGAGUGGGUGACCAGCAUCAGCGAGGGCGGCAGCUUCGGGGAGCUCGCGCUCAUCUACGGCACCCCCAGGGCAGCCACCGUGAAAGCCAAGACCGACCUCAAGCUCUGGGGCAUCGACCGAGACAGCUACCGCCGCAUCCUCAUGGGCAGCACGCUGCGGAAACGCAAGAUGUACGAGGAAUUCCUCAGCAAGGUCUCCAUCCUGGAGUCCCUGGAGAAGUGGGAGCGGCUGACGGUGGCCGACGCCCUGGAGCCCGUCCAGUUUGAAGAUGGAGAGAAGAUUGUGGUUCAGGGGGAGCCCGGGGACGACUUCUUCAUCAUCACGGAGGGCACGGCCUCUGUCCUCCAACGCCGGUCCCCAAAUGAGGAAUAUGUGGAGGUCGGGCGCCUGGGACCCUCUGACUACUUCGGGGAGAUUGCGCUGCUCCUGAACCGGCCUCGGGCUGCCACGGUGGUGGCGCGGGGGCCCCUCAAGUGCGUGAGGCUGGACCGGCCCCGCUUCGAGCGUGUGCUGGGCCCCUGCUCUGAGAUCCUCAAGAGGAACAUCCAACGUUACAACAGCUUCAUCUCCCUCACCGUCUGAGCCCCCUGCGCCCAGGGCGCGUCUGCGCGGCUGCACGGGCUGGCGUCCAGCACGCGGGGCUGGCCCUCCCUCCAGACUCGUGUUUGGAAUUAAACAGUCACCUGUGCACUUUGAGAACAAGCCAACUAGGGGCACCCCAGGCCGAGGAGGUGCCGCCGUCCCCCACCUCCCACCUCUCCGUGCUCUGUGGACUCCCCGCUCCUACCGUUUCCCGGGGGGUGCAGCAGUGUGCUCACCCUGUGGCCGAGGGAAGGAUGAGGCCCCGGCCAGCUGGUCACUGUCCGGUCACCCUUCUCUCCGGAGCUGCUCCGGCGGCCACCGGGGUCUCGGGGCUCUGUGACGUGGGCAGCGAUGUCCGAGGGGGUGUCCCGCAGUCCCCUCCAGCUGGUGGGGAAGUUGAGUCUGAAGCAGGAGAGGGUCCAGCGGGUCUUGUUGAAGGGGCUUCAGGGUCAGGAGAGCCUCCUGGAGGCGGGGCCCCGGCUGGUUCUGCGUCCGGCGCAGUGACCCCACGCAGGUGUGCCGGGCGGGCGUGGUGCUCCCGUCUUGGGAGGUCCACGUCGGCUGACCUGGGCCCCUCAGUGUGCCAGGCAGGUCCCGCCAUCGCCUGCUGGGCCACAGCGCCCAGGGCAGGAAGGGAACUCCCUGAGGUCAGGGCUCUCCAAGACAGGUGCGCUGUUCUCGCGGGGCCCGGAUAGCGGCUGCUUGUC